AAACACAUAGCUCAUGGCCUGGUCCCUGCUGCUACCAUAGCUCCUAAACCUGCAGCUCCCCGCACCCCUCCCCCUCGUAGUCCAAACCCUUCUCCAGAAAGGCCCAGGUCUGCUCUGGCAGCAGCAGUCCUAGCAGCAGCACUGACAGGGCGCACUGUGGCUAUUCCUCAGCCUCGGCAGCGAGCGCGCGCGGAAGAUGAGCGUGUCCCUGCGGAACAGGAGUGCCUCGCACCGUAUGCAGCAGUCACGGAGCUCAGGACGGGGUCCAACUGGAAACUUGAUGGUAGUGACAGAUCUGUACAGUCCCUGGAAAUCUCAGGCAGUUGUGGUGAAGAUGAGGACAUGGAUACCUAUCUGUCGGAUGCUGAUAAAGAGGCAGAGUCCAGCUGUCAGAGUAGUGAGAAGAGGGGAGAAAGCUCUAGCACCAAUGCUGUUUAUGCUGCUCCCUGCAAAAAUAAAAAGGAAGAGUUUCCACCAUCUCCUAGUCCCAAUGCUGACAAGAAAGAGGUGCCUUCUCAGGAAACUGAGUUUCAGGUGGCAGAGGAUAAGUCCAAUGUGCAAAUAGAAGAAGACCAACAUCUUGGCUGGAGUGUAAAGGAGGAGAAAUCAUUAGCAGAAAAUCUGAUACGUGAAAAACCUCCACCGUCCCCAGAUGUGUCCGUUCGGGCAAGGCAAGCACGGGAAAAUGUGGCUAAGGAAAAGUUCAGAGAGCUGAAGCAAGAAAACUGGGCUCUGAAUAGGGCAUACCAGGCCCUGGUGCAACAGUUCGAGGGAACCAAACAGCAAAUGGAAGAACAGCAAUUAAAGCUGAAGAAGCUAGAGCAAGAAAACAGAAGACUUAAAGAAACUGCAGAGAACUCAUCCAGAGAAGAGGAGGCAGCAGAAUUACUUUCUCUCAGACAACAAGCCCAAGAACUGGUAGAUGAGAACGAUGCUUUGAAACUGAUGGUCCAUCGUUUAAACGUAGAAUUAAGUCGCUAUCAAACCAAAUUCAGGCCCUUGGCCCCAGAAGAGCACCUAACCCUGAGAAGUCUGCCCAUGAAAGGACCUCCACCGCCGUGGCUGUUGGAUCUGAAGUAUCUGUCACCUCUUCUGUUGGCAUAUGAAGACAGACUACAAGAAAAGGAAGAUUUUAUUCUUGAACAUGAGGAGGAUAUGAAGAGCUUUAAGGCACGAGUUGAAGAGCUGGUGAAGGAGAAUGAAGACCUGCACGAGCAAUUAAACACCUUUAUUACCCCCACAGAAUGGCAACAGCUGCAAACUCAGGCCAAGCUGGUCUUGGAAGAAAAUGGAUUGUUGAUGAAGCAACUUGAAAUUCAACAAGCUAAAGCCAAAGAAAGUCAGAGACAACAUGUUCAAGACGCUUCAAAGUUGACCAAACAGUUAGUGAUCUUAGAAGGUAAGAAACAGAGUCAAGAAGAAGAGAUGGCAGAGUACCAGAAGCAGUUAAAAGCUUUGUAUUCUGCAUGUGAAGAGCUGAAAGCCAAAGUGGAUAGCAGAAUAGCAGCAGAGGAGCACUUGGCCUUGGUGGAUGAUUUGAGAAGCCGUUUGCAGCAGGAGCUGGAGAAGAAGUGCUGUGAGGUGGAAGAUAUCAAGGGGAAGGUAGCAGCACUGCAGGCUGAAAACAAGAAACUGCUCUUGGAGAAAAAUAACUUCAUGGCUGAUAACACGAUCCUGAAAACAGAGAUGGAAAUGACAGAAAAGACAAACAGGCGACUGAAGAAGAAAAUAGGUCACUUGCAGCUGCAGCUGGAGGAAGCAAUGGAGAAAGAAGUUGCAGCCCAUCACUAUCUAACAAAUCUUGUUGCUCUGGUGGAGAAGAUAUCUCAGGAACGUGAUCAUCUUGUAUUUUUGGCCAGGUGUCUGGAGGAUGAGAACCGUGGUGCUCUCCACAAAGUGGUGGAAGGCAGCCUGCGCCUGGGGAGGCUGGAAGAAAAGGUCAAGGUGUAUAAAAAGAAAGCAGCUGGGAAGCUUGGAGAUAUCAGCCUCAAGAUGACUGAGCAGGAGAAAGAAUUUGCUGGGAAGACUGCUCAGUAUGAGCAAGAAUUGAAGCACCUGCAGGGUCUGCUGCAAGACAAAGAGGAAACUCUCGAGGAAGUGCUGCUCCAGAAGAGGAAAACGGAAGGGGAACUUGAAAUUAUUUGGGAAUGCACCACCAAAGAGAACAGGAGAAUGAGAGAACUCUUACAUGAAUCCCUGAGGAAGAAGAUACCGAACGCUGGCACAGUGCCUGAGCCACACGUAAAUGAAAGCUCACAGAAGGACCUACUGUAUGGACAUGAUUUUAGCUAUUGUGAUGUGAAAACUUCAUCCCCUACUGAAAAUGAAAUUCAGCAAGAAUUUCG